AUGUUUGCGUUCAACGUUAUUCUGUUCGCUAGCCUUCUUACUCUCGCCAACUCUCAAAGCACAUGCAGCGAACUUGGUCAAUGGUGUGACGGAACUCUGUUCCACCGUUGCUGCGGUCAAUUGCAGUGUGAGUUGUCUUCAAUUUUCAACGGAAAAUGUGCUGAAUGCCUGGGCUCUGGUCAGAUGUGCUCACGCGACGAACAGUGCUGUUCAAAAAAUUGUCGUUGGUACAGGAUAUGCGAUUGA